AACAAGUCAAACGGUCCAUCAAAACCCACAAACACCAACCAACGCUCCCAAACUCGCUUGCUCGCUCGCUCAAUCACCCAGACACUCACUCACUGACUCACUUCCUUAUAAAUCCUUCCCUGCGCUUUUGCGCAUGGCCUCCUCUUCCUUAUCUCUACCAACUUCGCUUCGAAUCCGAUCCUCCCACUUCCCAUAUUCGCGCUCUGUCCACGCGGCUUCACUCUCACUACUCCCACCUACCACCACCGCAACGCCUUCUCUCUCCCUCACUUUAAAAGCCGUCUCUUUGACUCGUGAAAACCUCGUCUGCAGAGCAUCUUCAUCGCCUUCGAUGGCUGCCCAUAAGAAGGUUGAGGUCUUUGAUACCAAGGAUGAUUUGGCCGUCAGCUUGGCUAAGUACACCGCCGAUCUCUCCGAGAAGUUUACCAAGGAAAGAGGAUCUUUCACGGUCGUUUUGUCUGGUGGGUCUCUCAUCAGUUAUCUCAGUAAAUUAGUGGAACCACCGCUUGUUGAUUCAGUGGAUUGGUCAAAAUGGCAUGUCUUUUGGGUGGAUGAGAGAGUUGUGCCAAAGGAUCACGAAGACAGUAAUUAUAAACUCGCUUAUGAUGGAUUUCUCUCUAAGGUAUCAAUUCCGACUGGUAACGUUUAUGCCAUCAACGAUGCACUCUCGGCUGAGGGUGCAGCUGAUGACUAUGAAACCUGCUUGAGACAUUUGGUUAAGAACGGUGUGCUAGCCUUGUCAGAAAGUGGGUUUCCAAAGUUUGAUCUCCAGCUCCUGGGUAUGGGCCCAGAUGGACAUAUAGCUUCCUUAUUUCCAGGGCAUCCUCUUCUCAAUGAAAAGGAGAAAUGGGUUACUUUCAUUAAAGACUCUCCAAAACCACCACCAGAAAGAAUCACUUUCACAUAUCCAGUGAUCAAUGCUUCUUCAUACAUAGCAAUGGUGGUGACUGGUGUUGGUAAAUCCGGUGCUGUGCAAACAGCAUUUGCGAAUUCUGGCACACUGCCUGUUGAAUCAGUUUUACCUGAAGGAGAGCUCACUUGGUUUUUGGACAAGAAUGCAGCUCCGAAGCUGUAGAAUGGGUAAUAAAUGUACGAGUCGGAGUCGUUCCAUUCUAUAUAUAUUAGCAUGCUCAUCAUGUUUAGCAUUGGCUGUCUUAAUGAUCGUGUAUGGAUUGAUUCUGGGCUAUGUUAUCUUGUAAUGACAAACUAUUUAGCCUCUUUUAUCUUCCUAAUCCAACGUUAAAGGUCUUGAAUAAAAAUAUAGCUUGAGACUGUAGGAUUUUGGAUGAA